GAUUACUGGUGAAUUACUUUAAAUAAGAAUUUUAAAAUUUAAUUUUUAUUCUUCUUUAUACAUAAAAAAAAUUGUGGCAUCCACUCAAAUUUCACUACUGGAAUCUUGUCGUUAUUCAAUAACAACAAAAUUUAAAUUCAAAAAUCCACAGUGGAGUAUCAAAUUAAACCACUUCACAAGCAAAAUCUGAUCUUAGAAUCUUGUCCGGUUUAAUUUUCCACCUUUCCAAACAUCUGGAAUCUCAGCCAAACUUCUCACUCCCUCGUCCUCUUCGUGGAUGCCACCAACCAUUCCAAUUUGACCGUUCCCUUCACUCUCUUCUCAAAGUCAAAGGCUAACCUCAGCACUUUAUGCCACAUGUAAUCAUAUUACUGGUUUAAGAUUUUUCAACGAAUCAACUCGGCCGCAGAUAAUCAUUCUCUCCCCAUUCAAUCCCGCGAAAAUCAGCUCAGCUAAAUCUGGGGUGGCUCUCACUGCCAUUCUAACACUCGACCAAAAAAAAGAGAAGAAGAAAGAAAUCAUUUUUAGGGUUUUAGAUUCGGGUCGGGUGAAUUUGGGAUUUUCGGGUCCCAAAAUGAAGCAAAAGAACGAGCAAAUUCACACUACAAAGCUAUUAACUUAUCUUUUAAUCGUGUUAAUCGGGGUUCUCGGGUUGGUUUGUCUGUACUAUGGCUCUUCAUUUGCUCCCGGAUCGAGAAGAUCUGACGAUACUGCUUCUCGGUUGGAUGGAUCGGACCCGGUUUUUGGUGGGUUUUCAAGGAACGGGGAUCUGGUUGAUUUGCUUGACGAGCAAGGGUACUAUCCUGAAGUUCCUAAAAGCAUCCCUAUUUGUGACAUGAAAUAUUCAGAGUUGAUACCCUGCUUAGAUAGAAACCUUAUAUACCAGUUGAAAUUAAAGCCUAAUUUGGCAGUAAUGGAACACUAUGAGCGACAUUGUCCGCCACCAGAGCGUCGUUACAAUUGCUUAAUUCCGCCGCCAAAAGGCUACAAGAUCCCUAUAAGAUGGCCUGCAAGUAGGGAUGAAGUGUGGAAAGCAAAUAUACCCCAUACGCAUCUAGCAGAGGAAAAAUCGGAUCAGCAUUGGAUGGUUGUUGAUGGGGAAAAGAUAAAGUUUCCUGGCGGUGGAACCCAUUUUCAUGAUGGUGCUGAUAAGUAUAUUGUUGGUCUUGCUCAGAUGCUAAAAUUUCCUGGUGAUAAACUGCACAAUGGUGGAAGUAUCCGAAAUGUACUUGAUGUGGGAUGUGGAGUUGCAAGUUUUGGAGCCUAUCUCCUACCCCUUGAUAUUAUAGCUAUGUCCCUUGCACCUAAUGAUGUACAUGAGAAUCAAAUACAAUUUGCAUUAGAAAGGGGUAUCCCUUCGACACUUGGUGUGUUGGGAACAAAAAGGCUUCCUUAUCCGAGCAGAUCAUUUGAGCUAGCUCACUGUUCACGAUGCCGAAUUGACUGGCUUCAGAGAGAUGGGAUUCUCCUAUUGGAACUUGAUAGAUUACUGAGACCAGGAGGGUACUUUGUGUAUUCUUCUCCUGAAGCCUAUGAACAAGAUCCAGAGAACAGAAAGAUCUGGAAUGCUAUGUACAGCCUUUUGAAAAGAAUGUGCUGGAAAGUUGUUGUGAAGAGAGGCCAAACUGUUAUAUGGGCAAAACCUCUGAGCAAUAGUUGUUACUUGAAGAGAGAUCCUGGGACUCGGCCUCUUUUGUGCAGUUCUGGAGAUGACCCGGAUGCAAGUUGGAAUGUGUCUAUGAAGGCAUGCAUCACUCCAUACUCUGCAAAGAUGCACAAAGAAAGAUCGAGUGGACUACUUCCUUGGCCACAGAGGUUUACUGCAGCACCACCUCGCCUUGAAGAAAUUGGUGUUAGUGCUGAGGAAUUCCUUGAAGACACUAAAAUAUGGCAUUUUAGAGUGAUUGAGUAUUGGAAGCAGAUGAAAGUGGUUGUAAAGAAGAAUUCCAUCAGAAAUGUCAUGGAUAUGAACUCAAACCUUGGGGGUUUUGCUGCUGCCCUUAAAGAUAAAGAUGUCUGGGUAAUGAAUGUUGCCCCUGUCAAAAUGUCUGCGAGAUUGAAAAUUGUUUAUGACCGAGGCUUGAUUGGAACUGUUCAUGAUUGGUGCGAAGCUUUUUCUACAUAUCCUCGAACAUAUGAUCUUCUUCAUGCCUGGGCAGUGUUUUCAGAGAUUGAGGAGCGUGGUUGUAGUGCUGAAGACCUCCUGAUUGAAAUGGAUAGGAUACUUCGGCCUGAUGGGUUUGUCGUUAUAAGGGACAAACACUCUGUAAUAAAUUAUAUCCAGAAAUUUAUCACUGCCUUGCAUUGGGAUGGCUGGUCAUCAGAAGUUGAACCAAGAACUGAUGCUCUCUCUUCUGGUGAGGAAAGAGUGUUAAUUGCGAAAAAGAAGUUGUGGACUGAUGGGUUUAUGACAAUGUGAAUGUACUCAAUUUUUCUUUCAGUUGCGCCCCCGGAAAGUUGUAGCCGUGGAUGUAAGACGAAGUCCUGUUGCUAUUUGUGGUGAAGAUUUUUGUUUUCCUUCGAAAGAGGAUAAUAGUACCAAAGCUCAAGAGGAAUUGUCAACAUGUAGAAUGUGCAACUAUGUAGAUAUAUCCCCUGCUGAUUGCUGCAAACAGCCACAAUCCUUAAAGAAAACAAGACCAAAGCUCAGACACAACCCUUGCUGCAAACCAAUAUCACUUUUGUAUAAUCUUCUUGUUUUCAGAUGUAUUUGUGAACAACUUUUUUCUUGAAAAACCUGUUAGAAAAACAUUUAGUCCCAUGGAUGCAACAUGUUCUCUUGUGAACAAGUACACAUCUGAGUCUUGUACCAAGUACUUUCUUUUAGAGAUUCGUGUUGCAUAUAAAAUAUAAAAAAUUGUUGCAUCAAAUUUGUAAACACAUUAAGCAU